UGCCAACCAAACGGGGUCUCAAGAAAAUCCUCUUUUCGCUAGAUUGAAGCUUCUCCGUCCCUUUAUGGUUUUUGCUUCGUUAGGACUUGGUGAGUGAGUAGUGAAAACAAGGGAGUACAGCAUUUCCGGUAGGCUCAAGUACGGCUUCGCUUAAUUGAAACUGCGAGCUCCAAAGUUCCGAUUCAAAAUUUGAGUGAAAGUUGUUGCCUGGUUUUUGAAGGUAACGAUGGAAGCUCAAUUUGUGCUACUUAACCGGAGCAAUUGUUUUAUCAGGCCCUCCUGUGCGGGCCAUUUUAAAGUUACGGGCAUUUCCAGAACCACAUUUCUGCAUUGUCGUCGUGGCCCAGCUGUGUUUACAAAUAACCGGAUAAAGUGUUCGAUGAAGUCAUAUAGAUUAUCAGAGCUUACUCAGGCAGAGGUUGAGAGCCUUAAGACUCGCCCUCGCAUAGAUUUCUCUUCCAUUUUCAGUGUGGUAAACCCCAUUGUUGAUGAUGUCCACAAAAGAGGUGAUGCUGCAGUUAAAGAAUAUACUUCAAGAUUUGACAAGGUAGAACUUGAUAAAAUAGUUGAAGAUGUAUCAGAACUUUCUGAUCCAGUGCUCAAUUCAGAUAUUCAGGAAGCUUUUGAUGUUGCCUACAGCAAUAUAUAUGCAUUUCAUGCUGCUCAGAAGUCCACUGAGAAAACUGUUGAGAACAUGAAAGGAGUCAAAUGCAAGCGAGUUGCUAGAAGCAUCAAUUCUGUGGGUCUUUAUGUUCCUGGAGGAACUGCAGUAUUACCUUCAACUGCCUUGAUGCUUUCAGUUCCUGCACAGAUUGCUGGAUGUAAAACUGUUGUUCUUGCAACUCCGCCAACCCAGGAUGGCAACAUAUGCAAGGAGGUAUUGUAUUGUGCAAAGAAGGCUGGAGUAACUCACAUCCUUAAAGCUGGAGGAGCUCAGGCUAUAUCUGCUAUGGCUUGGGGAACAGAGUCUUGUCCCAAGGUUGAAAAGAUUUUUGGCCCUGGAAAUCAAUAUGUCACAGCUGCAAAAAUGAUACUGCAAAACAGUGAAGCCAUGAUUUCAAUUGACAUGCCAGCCGGUCCAUCUGAAGUUUUGGUCAUUGCAGAUAAGCAUGCAAUUCCUCAUCAUGUAGCUGCUGAUUUACUCUCACAGGCUGAGCAUGGUCCUGACAGUCAAGUUGUUCUUGUAAUUGUUGGAGACGGUGUUGAUUUGAAAGCAAUACUGGAGGAACUCAGCAAGCAGUGCUACAGUCUACCGAGAGGAGAUUUUGCCUCUAAAGCCCUGAGCCACAGUUUUAUUGUGUAUGCACGUGAUAUGCUUGAGGCAAUUACUUUCUCAAACUUAUAUGCACCCGAACACCUUAUUAUCAAUGUAAAGGAAGCAGAGAAGUGGGAAAAUUUUAUUGAGAAUGCAGGUUCUGUGUUCUUAGGGCCUUGGACACCAGAGAGUGUUGGUGAUUAUGCAAGUGGAACAAACCAUGUGCUUCCCACCUAUGGAUACGCGAGGAUGUAUGGCGGUGUGUCAUUGGAUUCUUUCGUCAAGUACAUUACUGUUCAGUCUCUCACAGAAGAAGGUUUGAGAAACCUUGGACCGUAUGUAGAAACCAUGGCUGAAGUUGAAGGUCUUGAGGCCCACAGGAGAGCAGUUACUCUAAGGCUUCAGGACAUAGAAGCCAAGCAGGUUUCAAGAUGAGAUGUUACCUCAAAUAUUAUCAUCAAUUUCUUUUUCUAGCUCCUGCCUGUUAAUUUAUAUUCAGCUAUAGUGAAACUGGAGAGUAGUGACCCCCCCUCUUUUUGUGGAACGGAUUGUUCCAUUUUUACCUGAUGAUAUUUCUAUGGCUCUUGUAUCUUUGAUACUUGGAAUUUCAUAACUGGUCAUCAUUUUUGGAUUUUGUAAUCGGAUUUGAAAUGACUGGUAAUGAAAUCUAUGAAAAUGUCGGCUGGAAUUGGACUCUAGCCAUAGUUAUUUUGCUUA